GAUCACCGAUGGAUCGCGAACUUGCAGAGCGAAGCUCGAAUCGAUUGCGUACCCCGCUUAACGCAAAGAAACCGCUUCGAUCCGAUCGUGCUCGAGCCAAUCGCGGACUUCAACACCGUCCAUGCCGCGAUCUCGAUUCUGGAAUCUGCUCUUACCAAUGAAACUGAAAACCGCUUCUUUUGCUGGAUGUGGCUUCGGAGGAGGUGGGAAAGCAGGUUGGCUGAACCUGAGUCAUGCUUCCUACACAAACAUAACCAAUAGAUUUCCAGCUCCAGAAGUGCUCUUGGGAGACAGCGCGUCAAAUCACUUAGUUAAUUCAAGAGUUCCAUUCUUUGAGGUGCUUAUCCAAUUGAACUGGAUUUGGAAACAACGAAAAGAGCCAAACGGAGUUUUAAUUGAAGACUUGAAGUUGGGUUCUGGGCAGGGGAUGAUGUCUGAGGACUGAAAGUGACCGCAGUUUUCAUUUUCCAACUCGCAUUUCAGUUGGUUCACCGCGCAGCUACUCAAGUCUCAUCAAGUCGUUAUCGAAUUAGAAGCCCGUCUUGAAACUCCAGACUCGUGCAGCACAAGGAAAAUUUGAUUCCUCAUCAAAUGGAGCUCAACCUUGCAAGUCAUUCUAACCGGAAGCGUUGUUGCGAGAGAAAAAGUUUUCCCAGUUCCGUUUUGCGGUGAAAGAAGAAUGAUAGGUAGAGAUGGAGACACUCUCAUUAAAAACA